CACACAUAUACACACACACAUAGAUAUCUUCAGCUCACCUCUCCCUUCUCACACCCAUGCUUGAACUUGGACACAAUUAGCCUACAAGACUAUGGAUUCUGAGGAAAAGGUAACUUCGCAAUAAGGAGAACUGUCUGAAGACGUGGACUGGAGUGCUGAGUGGAAUGAAUACUGUGGGAUUUCACUCUCCACAAGUGCUGCAGAUCCGUCACUGGAGUUUGAUUCAGUUUCACUUCUUAUCCGUCUCUGCGACAUCAUUCUAAAUAAGAUCAGUUGGCUUGGACAAAGGCUAGAGAGUGUUGGUGUGGCCCUGACAGGUUUCAACAUCUUGGACAUUCAGGCAUCAUGACUGCCCAUCAGCUACAGAUGCCCUUCUUAAUCAUCACAUCUUUUCAUUUUCCUAAGUGGAAAUGUAAAAACCCUGACUGUUUCCAACAGUACUGACCCGUGCUACAGCUACACUGUUCUGGACGAACCUUGGAGAGCCACCAACUACUCCAACACUGUGAAUGCGAAGUGUGAUCAGUCUGUUUCGUGGGUUGGCUGGUACAGGCUCAUGUAUAAAGGAUACAGCGUCCGGAUGCCAGAGUCAUGUGUUAAUAUUAACAUGUGUGGCACUCACGCCCCCCUCUGGAUCAACGGUGCUCAUCCACAGCUGCAGGACGGAGUGGUCACCCGCCAAAUCUGUGGUAACUGGAAUAGCGACUGCUGUAACUUCAAAUCCAACCCUAUUCGAGUGAAAGCUUGCCCAGGAAACUACUACGUCUAUGAGUUUGUCAGCCCGUCUGGCUGUUCGUUGGCAUACUGUGCAGAUGUUAGAGUAGCAGCACCAACACCUACAUACCAACCCCUGACAAUCUCCAACAGUGCUGACCCGUGCUACAGCUACACUGUGCUGGACGAACCUUGGAGAGCCACCAACUACUCAGACACUGUGAAUGCGAAGUGUGAUCAGUCUGUUUCGUGGGUUGGCUGGUACAGACUCAUGUAUAAAGGAUACAGCGUCCGGAUGCCAGAGUCAUGUGUUAAUAUUAACAUGUGUGGCACUCACGCCCCCCUCUGGAUCAAUGGAACUCAUCCACAGCUGCAGGACGGAGUGGUCACCCGCCAAAUCUGUGGUAACUGGGAUAGCGACUGCUGUAACUUCAGAUCCAACCCUAUUCGAGUGAAAGCUUGCCCAGGAAACUACUAUGUCUAUGAGUUUGUCAAACCGUCUCACUGCAGGUUGGCGUAUUGUGCAGAUAUGAAAGUAAUGACCCAGACAGUCUCCAGCAGUGCUGACCCGUGCUACAGCUACACUGUGCUGGAUGAACCUUGGAGAGCCACCAACUUCUCCAACACUGCGAAUGUGAAGUGUGAUCAGUCUGUUUCGUGGGUUGGCUGGUACAGGCUCAUGUAUAAAGGAUACAGCGUCCGGAUGCCAGAGUCAUGUGUUAAUAUUAACAUGUGUGGCACUCACGCCCCCCUCUGGAUCAACGGUGCUCAUCCACAGCUGCAGGACGGAGUGGUCACCCGCCAGAUCUGCGGUAACUGGGGCAGCAACUGCUGUAACUUCAAAUCCAAGCCUAUUCGAGUGAAAGCUUGCCCAGGAAAUUACUACGUCUAUGAGUUCGUCAAACCGUCUGACUGUUCCUUGGCAUACUGUGCAGAUGUUGCAGUAGCAGCAACACCAACACCUACCUACCAAUCCUUGACAAAUGAUGGAGUGGUAACACCAACAUCUACCUACCAAUCGCUGACAAGUACAGAAGUAACGACCCAGACCGUUUCCAGCAGUGCUGACCCGUGCCUUAACUACACUGUGCUGGACGAACCUUGGAGAGCCACCAACUACUCCAACACUGUGAAUGCGAAGUGUGAUCAGUCUGUUUCGUGGGUUGGCUGGUACAGGCUCAUGUAUAAUGGACAGGACGUCCGGAUGCCAGAGUCAUGUGUUGAUAUUUACAUGUGUGGCACUCACGCCCCCCUCUGGAUCAAUGGUGCUCAUCCACAGUUGCAGGACGGAGUGGUCACCCGCCAGAUCUGCGGUAACUGGAAUGGCAACUGCUGUAACUUCAAAUCCAAUCCUAUUCGAGUGAAAGCUUGCCCAGGAAACUACUACGUCUAUGAGUUUGUCAGCCCGUCUGACUGUUGGUUGGCAUAUUGUGCAGAUACAGAAGUAACGACCCAGACUGUCUCCAGCAGUGCUGACCCGUGCUACAGCUACACUGUGCUGGACGAACCUUGGAGAGCCACCAACUACUCCAACACUGUAAAUGCGAAGUGUGAUCAGUCUGUUACGUGGGUUGGCUGGUACAGGCUCAUGUAUAAUGGACAGGACGUCCGGAUGCCAGAGUCAUGUGUUGAUGUUUUCAUGUGUGGCACUCACACCCCCCUCUGGAUCAAUGGCACUCACCCGGAGCUGCAGGACGGAGUGGUCACUCGCCAAAUCUGCGGUAACUGGAACAGCAACUGCUGUAACUUCAGAUCCAACCCUAUUCAAGUCAAAGCUUGCCCAGGAAACUACUACGUCUAUAAGUUCGUCAAACCGUCUGACUGUUGGUUGGCAUAUUGUGCAGAUGUUACAACAGCACAUGGAGCAACCAACAUCCCACCACUGCCAAAGCAUCUUGUUAAACAAAGAAAGAGACGUUCUUCAGCAAAUAACCCUGGACAGACAUCCACCAGUGAAGGUUUUUAGAAACAGCUUAAAGAAGAACUGGUUAGAAAAGGCCUCCCUAGCAACAAUACAUCUGAAUAAAAUCUGAAAAUGGAAUGAUGUGAAUUAAGCCAAACAGGAACCUGAAAUCUGUUAAAUCUCUUAGAGCUCUUUCUGAUCAUUGUAUUGAACAGAUUUAAAUGUAGGUUAAUCAUGUGCUUGGAAAUUAUGUUAAAGUUUAUACAAUGCCAUAGAGUGUUACUGCUAAAAUGCCUUUCUGUUAUGUGUGUUACACUGGUAUUAGCAUAGCAUAACAGUAUUGCAUUCUCACGUUUCUGCUGUAAUACUGUACUUUAGUGUAGUCAAAAACUUAAAAAUACAUAUACAAAUAUAAAUAUAUAAACUCCAUAACCAGAGAAUUCGGCUAAGAAAGUAUAAACAUAUCCUAAUGGUUAAGGCCGGAUGGCCCUAUUUAUCCUUUAAAUAACGCAGUAAAUAUAUAUUUUUUAUUCUUGUUCUUAUGUUGUUUGGUCAGUAAUGGGUUUUUGUGUUCUGUCAGAAUCUGCACAUUUUGUUCUGCAAUGAAAUAAUUUUCUUAAUCUUCAAAUAAAUCACAUUUGAGUUGUAUAUGCA